CAUACAACAAAAGAAAUUUAGAAAAUCGUUUGAGAGAAGUUUUCUCAUUGCUUUCUUACUUUCAGCCAAAGUCAUGUCGAGUCAUAAUUUUCAGAAUAACCUUUCUUUUGAUGGUUUAUCGGGGACGGAUACGCCAGAUUAUCCUCCAUUUUAUCCUGAUAUGCCGGGAGCACCUUCUGGUAAAGGGGUUGCCAGCGGCAUUUUCACAAUUGUCUACGCGUGUCUCAUCAUCGCAUCCAAUAUCGUCAUGAUCGUCGCAUACUUCGUCGAGAAACGACUGCAGACGUACAACAACUCCUUCAUCAUCAAUCUCAUUAUCAGCGAUUUAUUGGUCGGAUUCUCUCUCGUCGUCUUUUUCGUCACGAAUUGUACCCCAAGUGGAUCCCCACUCUGCAAGAUCUUCAUCGGCGUCAAUGAGGGAUUGCUGAGUGUUUCGGUGAUCACCAUCGUUGUCAUAUGCGCUGACCGACACCGCGCGACGUAUGACCCUAUCAAACACUUCACGAGCAAAAGCAACAGGAAGGCGUGCCUCCUCAACUCCAUCCCUUGGGUUGUGGCUUUUGUCUUUUGGAUCCUGUUUGCGUUGUUUGGAUUUGAGGCCACAUCCCCGAUUAAUGGUCGCAGUCCUGUUCGGAUGGUCGGGUUGUCCCUACCGAUCCUGAUGACCCUCGUACCCUUGGUAAUCAUCACCGUUCUCUACGCCAGAAUCCUCUACAAGAUCAGGACCUCCCUCGGAGCUCAACGCCUGAAAGACAGGUUUGAUGUGAAGUCCGAUGAUGCAGGCACCAAAGGAGACACGGACUCGAGCUGCACAGCUAGCACUGAUAUUCAGCAAACAGGACACAAAGAAAAGUCUGAAAGAAAGCCCGGGAAACGAGAAUCUGAAGCUUCCGCCCGUAAAGCCACUCGCAGUCUCUCUUUUAUCAUCAUCUCCUUUCUGGUUUCUUGGAUGCCCUACGUCAUCUUCGUGAUCGGUAACAUCAUCGACGAGUCCCUCCUCCUCGACGGGAAUAAGCUCUCGAGUAUCGUUCUCGCCUUCAUCCUGACGGUUCGCUUCACAAAUAGUUUCCUGAAUCCGCUAAGCUACGCCGCUGCACAACCCCUCUUUCGGCACACCGUAGCGGGAAUGUUUUGUAAUCCAAAGCAGCUCUGUUAAUAUCAAACUGAAGUUUACAGUCAUUAUAACAAAACAUAAUGCCCCUUUUCAACGAUAAAUGCAAUUUUAACAUUCCCUUUUUUCUAGAAAACUUAUUCAUUCUGCGUGAACAUUGUCGCUAAGGAUUGUUAUUUCCGGGCCGAAGAACCAAGAGGGGGCUAGCUCCCCCCUCACAUUUUGUUUUCAAUGAACGUGUACAAAAACGAAAAAGGAAUCAUAUAAUUGUUUUUUUUAAUGGACAGACACCCCUCCCCCUCCUCCUCACCUUACAGGAACAGUUUCGCGGGCCCGGAUUUCUAUUUCAAAGUGUUAACAUAAUUCUGCACUGUGCAACAAUGCCAUUCAAGUCCGAAUCCAAUUUAUUUAUUCUCAUUUUCAAGUUAUAAACAACGAAAACCGAAUGAACCUCAUGAGGAAUCAUUGAAUGAGUAAUAUCCCGGGGUAAUAUCUUAAGAAGAUGGUCAGUACAUAACUGGGAUAAUUAAAGAUCCUAAUGUACAUGAAGUUGACACCAGGCUAGACUGGUAGUUUGGUAAAUAAAUUUUCUUUUAAUCAUAGAUUACAGUAAUCUUAAUCAUUUGUAAAAUAGAACGGAUUUCGGGCACGUUUUAAAAACAAAAAAAGGAAAUAUACAGAAAUAUUGGAAGGGAGUAAGAUUUAUGAUUUGUC